AUGUAUAAUUGGUACAAUGAAGCAAAAGUCUGCUAUGUUGUCCUGGAAGAUCUCCCUGCCCAUCUCGGACUAGAGGAUCAAAUUGCUAAAUGCCGCUGGUUCACUAGAGGUUGGACACUACAGGAACUCCUUGCUCCAUCAAAUGUAGAGUUCUACGAUCAAGACUGGACAUUCAGGGGGAGUAGGAAGGACCACACUGACACUAUAUCCAAGUUCACCUCGAUUCCUACCAAAGUCUUACUCAAGCCAAGAACAAUAUACAAGGAGUCUGUUGGUGCACGGAUGUCCUGGGCUUCCAAGCGAGUUACUAAACGUACCGAAGACAUGGCGUAUUGUCUUCUAGGCAUAUUCGAGAUCAAUAUGCCAUUGAUAUAUGGCGAGGGCAAAACAGCGUUCAAACGUCUUCAAGAAGAAAUCAUCAAGCGCAACAACGAUCUCACUAUAUUCGCAUGGGACAAUGUGUCGCACUAUAAAAGGUGGGAUGGUCUGGUUGAAGUCCUUGCUACUUCUCCAAAUGCAUUUACAGGCAGUGCUGAUCUGCAGAAUAUCUCUAUAGGAUUAGGGCCCGAGUUCUCUAUCACAAAUCGGGGUCUUUUGCUCACUGGCGACUUCGAAUUGUCCUAUCGAUCAUCUCGCGAGAGGCCGGAAAAGUCGACUUACGUCCUUCAAAUUGCGACUACGUCCGACUGCACGAAUCGUGAGAUUGGCCUUCGGAAGCUGGCACCACGUCUUUAUGGUCGUUUGCGAAAUCUCCCUCGGUUGGAAUCAUUUAUUGCUUCCCCUAUACCGUGCUUCGAUCGCAUAACCGAUACACCAAUAGAUGAGGAUUCGAUCUAUAUAAGAACUGACUUCCACCAUACCGAUGAUUUUACUCACCUUGCUGCUUCGCGGAAGAAUGCACUGCAUUUUUCCCAGCAAGAAGAUUUCAGCAUCUGUGGUGUAACUCCGCAGUCGUUGUGGGAUCACUCGGACGCCGUGUUCCUACAGACAAGACAAGACACUCCUUAUCCAUACUAUUCCUCGGUAGUAGCUGUUCUAAUCAAGUCUGCGCAUGAAGGGUACACAGACUAUAUAUUUGUGGUCUAUGAAAGCGGCGUCAUACACCCGGCUCUACAUGUUUUCAGCGAAUACUCUGCCUCGAAACAUCGUCGAGACAUUGAAAGGCUGUUUCCAGCCUGGAGCAAAGAAAGCAGUCUUCGCCAUCGCCAUCUUAGUGACGACUUGGUCCCUGAGAAGGACAUAUCGUGGGAGGAUAUAAGGAGAGAAGCACCGUGGCUCUUGGAGGAGGACGACUCGGUCGAUAUGUCUGGGCAUAAUAGCAAGUACAACAUACAGUUCUUUUUAGAAUCUGGCAAGCUCGACCCCUACGACAUUCCAGUCAUAAGACUCAAGGCAUCUGUUACCUACAGUGAAUUCGAGAUUGAUGGGACACAACAGUGA